AUAUAGAUAUGUGGUGUUGAGUUUCUGUCUGAGCCAACCAUAUGUCAUGCAUUGAUUGGACAGCAAGGAUUCCAGAUGGCAUAAGGAUCUUCCUACGUGGCAAUUACCUAGGACCCACAAAUCUUUCCUUGACCAACAGCUACAAAGAAAUAGAUUUGUGGAUAUGGCACCGAGAUAAGAGGAUAAGGAACACCAGAUCCCAUUGGCUAAUCUGAAAUUCACAAACCAAAUCACAACCGUUGGAUCCCAAAAAUCUAAGCAAACCAACCAUCACAAUCCCACAACGAACACAGGCCACAAGUGUGCCAACUCAAAUGAAAUACAUCAACCAUAUAACACAAAACGUUUUCAUUUUGUGUCAACACCACCACAGUUAACAACCUUAUACACCAGGAAAUUCAGGCCGGGAAAGAUGUCCGCGGUCAGCGCUCAGGCGUCCACUGCCGUUUUCCGGCCAUCCACCCUGAGAUCCGGUUUUCUUUCUGGUUCUUCCGGUAAGCUGAACCGACAGAUCUCCUUUAAAACCGCGACAUCUUCAUCGCGUAGGUCAUUCAGAGUCGAAGCAAAGAAAGGAGAGUGGUUACCGGGUUUGCCCUCACCAGCCUACCUCAAUGGCAGUCUACCAGGUGACAAUGGGUUUGAUCCACUAGGCCUAGCAGAGGACCCUGAAAACUUGAAAUGGUACGUCCAAGCCGAGCUCGUCAACAGUCGGUGGGCCAUGCUAGGCGUCGCCGGAAUGCUACUUCCGGAAGUUUUUACACAGAUCGGUAUUAUCAACGUCCCUAAAUGGUACGACGCGGGAAAAGGCGAGUACUUUGCGUCUUCAUCGACUCUGUUCGUGAUCGAGUUCAUCUUGUUCCAUUACGUCGAGAUCAGAAGGUGGCAAGACAUCAAGUACCCUGGAAGUGUAAACCAAGACCCCAUUUUCAAGAGCUACAGUUUGCCUCCCAAUGAAGUUGGAUACCCUGGAGGCAUUUUCAAUCCCCUCAAUUUCGCUGCCACUGAGGAGGCCAAGGAGAAGGAGCUCGCUAACGGUAAAACCAUAUACCAUACCGAUCUUUUUAGACAAAUGAACUUGACAGAGAACGAUGUGACAAUAACGUAUUUGAAAUCACGCGUCCUAAUGUCGUGUGACUCUUUGUGCAGGGAGGUUGGCAAUGUUGGCAUUCCUGGGAUUUUUGGUUCAACACAAUGUGACCGGAAAGGGGCCAUUCGACAACCUGUUGCAGCAUCUCUCUGAUCCAUGGCACAACACAAUUGUUCAAACAUUUGGGGGAAACUAAUAAAUGAUUGAGAAAUGAAAGGAAGUUCUGGUUUGUAGUGUGUGUAAUCAUGAGUGAAAUGGGUUUUUGAGUGUGUUUUGGGCUUCAUUGUAAACAAGUACUAUUGUUCAAUGUACAGGGGAACUACUAAGAAGUCAUUAACAAUGUAUCGCCUUUUUACUA